AAAUCAAUGAAAGGUAGCUUCCAUUGUGAAAUCUGAAUUUCUGUUCUCCUGUCUCUUUUCAUGAUAUUGAACUGAGUUUCAGAUGUAGAUGGAGGGGUUGGUAGCUGUACUGAUUGUUGUUCAUAUGUUUCUCAAUGCAUGAAGUGUACCAGUGACCAACAGAUCAUUCUUGGAACUUCAUCACAAAAGGCAGAGUUCUAUGCAUGGAAAAAGAUGUAAAUGCCAAAACUUACAUACUGUUUAAAUUCUUUUGCAAAUGGGGAAAUAUGAAAUAAUUUCAAGGAGAUGUUUAGCCUUUCAGUUUCCUGUAUGCACCAAGUACUGCUACUGAAUAUAGUGCUGAUAUUUCAUUUUAGGAAAUAAUCUUCCAUAAAUAUGCUUGUUAAAAGUAGGCUAGGUGAGUUCAAGUGGGACUUCAAAGAAUGGAGGUAGGAUGUGGAAGAUCUGGUGACACAACAGGAUGAUGGAACUGAGAUAUUUUUAAAUGGGAAGAUGUAAUUAAUGCACGUCUUUACUGCUAUCUUUUAAUUAGGAUUCAUAUUUAAUCACCAUUUAAUGAGCAGUACCAUAUGCUAGCAAGUCCUUGCUAUGCUAUUCAGUGUGUACUCUCAAAAGCUUCGGUUACUUUUGUAGGUUUACUAAUUUUUCUCACGGCCAGUGUAACAAUUUCCUGAUUCCAGAAGAGUGAUAAGUGGAGAAGGAAAUUGCUGCAAAAUUAUCACAGCUUCGAUACAACUUUCAUUUUGUAAGUCACAUGACAACACAGGCCAUAGUACAUCCAGUACUUUUCCCGAAACUUCCAGGACAAUUACUUUCAUUUUUCAGAGUUGUCUCAGCAGUCUUCCAGCCCACCUUCCCAAAUCAAAAUCUUAAUGUGAAAUGAGUUCAGACUUCUGGAAACUCCUUUUUGACAUUUCUGAGGCUUUGGUCACAGAAGAACUGGCAGCUCUAAAGUUUCUCAGCUUGGAGCAUGUCCCUGUGAGGAAGCAGGAAGAUACUAAGGAGCCUAAAGCUUUCUUUGAAGUGCUGAAGGAGAAAGGGAUGAUUGAGGUGGGGGACCUGUUCUUCUUGAAGGAGCUGCUCUACCGCAUCAAUCGGAUGGACCUUCUGGCUUCCCACCUGGGCUCCAGCCGAGAGGAGAUGGAGAGGGAGCUCCAGGUCCCAGGGAAGGCAAAGGUGUCAGCCUAUAGACAACUGCUAUAUGGAAUUGCUGAGAACUUAACUCCAGAAGAUGUCAAGAGUGUAAAAUUCCUGCUGCAAGAAAAAUUACCAAAGAACAAGCUCCGGGAUAAUGCUUCAAUGUUGAAGGUGUUAGUGGAAAUGGAAAGAAAUGGGAUAAUUAAGGAAGAUGACCUAACAAUGUUGAAGAGUAUAUUAAAGGCAUUUAGACCUGACUUAAAGAACAAAAUUGAUAACUAUGAAGAAAGAACAAAAGAAAAUGAUUCUAACGAAAAUCUGAGCUUUCCAGUGUGUGUGUCUACACGUCCACCAGGACAAGGAGCGGAGGGUGGGCAUGUGGAAUCAUAUAAGAUGGAAAAUAACCCCCAUGGUUACUGCGUGAUUCUGAACAACUAUCGUUUCAAAAAUCCAGAUGAAACCAGAGAAGGAACAGUGGAAGAUGGAAGAGCUCUGAAGAGAGUAUUUAAGUGGCUUCAGUUUGACACAGUUGAGUACAUGGAUCUAGAAGCAAAGCAAAUCUUUGCAAAAGUUAAAGAAUACAGCAAGAAAGAUCACAGCAACAUGGACUGUUUUGUUUGCUUCAUUCUUUCACAUGGUGAGAAGAACAAAAUAAAAGGCGUUGAUCAUGAACUUGUAGAUAUUAAAGAUUUACUCUCCUGCUUCAGUGGAUCUAAUUGUCCUUCUCUUGCUGGCAAGCCCAAGCUGUUUUUCAUACAGGCCUGCCAGGGCUACGUAGGUCAUCCAGCUGUUGCAGUAAAGGAAGACUGUUCUGGUCAUCUUGAGACGGAUGCUAUCCCUCUGCUUUCUAUUCCUGACCAGGCUGAUGUUCUGGUUGGCAUGGCUACUGUGGAAGAUUUUGAAUGCUACCGUUGUAUAGAGACGGGCAGUGUUUACAUUCAAUGCCUCUGUGACAAGAUGGAGUUACUUUGCCCACUUCGCAAGGAUCUCAUAACCAUCCUGACAGAAGUGAACAAGGAAGUGGGAAGACUAAUAUUAAAUGGGUGGAAACAGAUGCCAAAGAUAACAUCAACCCUACGGAAACAAUUUAUCUUCCAAAUUCCACAAUGCCAGUCAAUUGAAAAGCAGGAAAAAUAAGAAUGUCCUCGAUUAGGAAUUGCUUCUGGAAUGGACUUCCACAGGGAAUUUAAGAGAAAUUGCAAGAGAAAUGGUCUGGGUCUGUGUAGUUCUUUGCUGUCCUGCAAGGAGCCAUCUGACCUAAAUUUUUCAAAUGCCAUGUGUGAUGAGUGUGCCCAAACUUAAAUCAGUAGGCAAUGGAGGAGUAAAGAGUUGCUUUCCUGUCGUGCAGAAGCACUGAAAUCUGUUCAGUCCUGGUCUUAAGUGAGGAAGCACCUCCAAGCAGUAUGAUUUUUAAGUAUUAUAUGUUAAUGGAAUUAUAAUUUCUGUCUGUUAGGAGAGUAAGUCCUUGAAAUCUGAAGGAAAGAACAAGAAGAUUCAGAGCACCAGAUCCCUUCCCAGAGAACCUGUGUAAGGUUAUAACUGAUUUACACUGAAGUGAGUGACUGAGUAUCUCUGGAAGCUAUGUAGUUUUUCACAGAAAAUAAUAUCUCCAUCCAGAAGGGCAAAAGAAAAAUGAUUGUUAUAUAUCUGGUUCUUUUCCUUCGCAUUUCUUUGUUUGUUUGUUUGUUUGCCUUAUGUAUUGAUUUGCAUGGUUGGGCAGCAUUGCUGGUUAGAAUUUUUAAUAAUAAGUUCCAAUUGUGCUCUUCCUCAGAAUGCUUGGGAAGCAUUAUCUUUUGAAAGGCUGUUGACCACUGCAAGUAAGGUUCCAUUCCAUGAGACACAAUUCUGAGAUACUGUCGCCUCCUGGCUGUAGGUUCUAGGGGCUCCUAAUCUCUGUUGUAAUAAACACUGUUUGUUGUCACAUCA